UCUGUAUGUUGAUAUGAUAUGACACUAUUAGAAAAUGUAUUUUUAUUUUAUUUUGAACAAAACCUUGUAGAAAUGGACAAACCUUGUGAAACAUGACAGAUGUGUGAGUACCCGACUGUCAGUGAUGAACAAAAUAUCAUUAAAACUGGUCAACAUCAAUUAAAUGUCUUAAUACUUAAUACUACAGUAGGACAUAGUGCUUAAAGCCCACGUAACACCGGGUAGUUUCACCGUCACUGGAGCGGGCACACCGGCGGUAGCACCACAAGAGGGAGUCAGACUCAAACACAUGAACUUUGCGCCCUUUUCAAACCUCUCACAGGGCGCUUUAUCCCGCAGCCACCACAAUAGGUAGAGAUAAGCUACAUCCAUUUACCUACAUUAUAACCGGCGCUGUUUUAGCAACAUGCAGCUAAUACAGACACUGACAACAACAACAACAACAACAACAACAAAAGGCUCUCCUAGUUAGCUCUAAACUAAGCCGGUGUGUUGAGAGUGAUGGGCGGACUGGUCUGUUAGCUCCGCCCGUCGUGCUCCUCCUCAGUCCUCAUUCAAAACAGAACACAGCUGUUGUGAGGCGCAUCGUCGUGUCGGAGCUGUUAGGGCUGCUGCUGCUGCUGUCUCCUCUGAUGAACCCGCCGGAGGAGAAAGACAACAUCGGCGCACUUCGACCGCAGGAGCCAGCCUCAGAGAAAGACGCGACUCGCUAGACAAACACAGCAAUACAGAGCAACAGGCUAACCUCACGUCCAACACUAUGUGCAUCUGACACACAACUGAGGGCCGGGCGGGCUUUGCUGCAGCUGAGGAUGAUGAAUGGUCUCUUCCGCUAGAGCUGGAUGUGUGGGAAUGAUGGACCUCCCUAAUGGUCAAUCAAGCAUCACCACCACCGCUGCAACAGUCUCUGAGAAGAGCAGCAGCUCAGAAUCUCUCAGUGACAAGGGUUCUUCAGACCUGAAGAAGAGUUUUGAUGCUGUUGUGUUUGAUGUGCUGAAGGUCACCCCUGAAGAAUAUGCAGGCCAGAUUACGCUCAUGGAUGCUCCUGUGUUCAAAGCCAUCCAGCCAGAGGAGCUGUCGAGCUGCGGCUGGAACAAGAAGGAGAAGCACAGCUCUGCUCCAAAUGUUGUGGCCUUCACUCGCAGGUUCAACCAGACGAGUUUCUGGGUGGUACGAGAGAUCCUCCACGCUCAGACGUUGAAGAUCAGAGCUGAGGUGCUGAGUCUGUACAUUCGCACUGCCAAGAAACUGUGUGACAUGAACAACCUCCAUGCGGUCAUGGCUGUGGUGUCAGCGUUACAAAGUGCUCCCAUCUUCAGACUUACCAAAACAUGGGCGUUACUAAGUCGGAAGGACAAGGCAACGUUUGAUCGGCUCGACUACCUGAUGUCCAAAGAAGACAACUAUAAACGUCUGAGAGACUUCAUAAGCAGCCAGAGCAUGGUCUCUUGUAUACCAUACCUAGGGAUGUACCUGUCUGAUCUGACGUAUAUAGAUUCGGCCUAUCCCUCCACGGGCAGCAUACUGGAGAACGAGCAGAGAUCAAACCUGAUGAACAACAUUCUCAGAAUCAUAUCGGACCUGCAGAGAUCCUGUACCUACGAUAUACCAGUGUUGCCUCAUGUACAGAAGUAUCUCAACUCAGUCAGGUAUAUUGAGGAGCUGCAGAAGUUUGUGGAGGACGACAAUUACAAGUUGUCACAGAAGAUUGAGCCAGGAACCAGCACACCACGCGCAAACGCCUCCAAAGAGGAUCUUGUCGGCCAGGAGGCCUCAGCAUCUCCUCUCUGCGGCCGUAAAUGUAUGAUAGCAGCUGAAGGAACCAAAGUCCCAGCCACACCGCCCUCCCCCAGGAACCUGCUGCCCUACGGACACAGGAAGUGCCACAGCCUGGGCUACAAUUUCAUCCAUAAGAUGAAUACAGUAGAGUUUAAAAGCGCUACGUUCCCCAAUGCUGGUUCUCGCCAUCUGUUAGAUGACAGUGUGAUGGAGAGCCACAGUCCCACCAGGGGACAAGCAGAGAGCUCAACUCUGUCCAGCGGUAUUUCACUUGGGAGCAGCGAGGGCUCUGAGCUCAGUGAAGAGGUGUCUUGGCCAGCUUUUGAGAGGACUCGGUUCUAUCAUUCUCUGGGCCCAGUGACCCGUGUGGCCCGCAUCCCCUACAGAGGAGUCCUGAGGCCCAGCAGCUCAGCGGAGUCCGAAGAGCUCGCAGUUCACUUGUAUCCCGGAGCGGUCACAGUGCAGGGAGUGCUGAGGCGGAAGACUGUGCUCAAGGAGGGCAAGAAACCAACA